GAAAUGUCUACUUUUUUUCGAUUGAGAUAUGUAAAAUUUUGCAUUAGGCAAUUUUCGCUAAUUUGUGCAGUCUUUAGAAAACGACCGAAACUUAAUAGUUGUGAUUUUUUCAUUAGUGUUUCAGAUAAUCAUUUUUCAAAGAAAAAGAUAAUUUGCUGAUAAUACUUAUUGAUAACCGUUGGGCGUAGAAAACGAAAUGUCCUCAUCAGAGGACCAUGAUGAUGGAGAAGUUGACGGAGAUUCGGACAUGAAAAUUAAGGAAGAACCAACCGACGACUCGAUGUCAAUGGACAUGGAGUCCCCCCCGUCGCUGGGUCCGGCUAUGCUUGGUCUGCAUCCGGUGGGAAUGAAACUACCAUCGAAAACCACCCCCACGCAGCCAAUGCAGACAUUGAACGCCCGAGGAAUGCCAGCUCGAAUCCGUAAGAAAAACAAAUUGUUUUUCGAUGAGGAUCUACUGAUCAAUGAUAGGAUUCCUCCAAAGGCAAGUCCCAAGAAAAGUGGAACUGGAUCGGCUUCAUCCACACCGCAAAAAGGUUUGAUAACUCCGAGUAAAAGUUUGACCCGAUCAGCACAGAAGAAAAAGCUUCUGUCGCGGUAUGACAAGAUGAAGGACAGUAUGAAAAAACGCAAGGAAGAUCCAGACGAAGACAGUGCGAUGCGAGUUAUCAAUCCAAUCGCGUUGCUGGAUAAGAAAGCUAGUCAAAGAAUUGGGCUACGGUUGCGAAAUCUACUUAAACUCCCCAAAGCGCACAAAUUCGUAAGUUACGAGUGGUUCUACAGUAACAUUGAUAGAUCACUUUUCGAGGGAGAAAAUGACUUCCAGAUGUGCCUUCGGGAGAUGUAUCCGGAUUUGAAGACACGAUUUUUGUCGAGAGCCGAAUGGAAUAAAAUUCGUAAAACUAUGGGGAAACCGCGAAGAUGCUCUGCGGCAUUUUUCGAAGAGGAACGCAGAGAGUUGGAAAGAAAGCGUCAGAAAAUUCGACUGUUGCAAACUAAGCGAUCGGGAGAUGUUUCAUUUGUGCGAGACCUGCCGAAAGAAAUUCCGCAACCGUUAUCCGUGGGAACCAAAGUCACGGCCCGGCUUCGAUCACCGCAAGACGGACUAUUCACCGGCACGGUAGAGGCAAUCGAUGUGAUGUCCAGUGCCUAUCGCAUCAGUUUCGAUCGUCCUGGCCUAGGUUCGCACACGAUUCCCGACUAUGAAGUGGUUGCUAAUGAAAACCCGGAGAAGAUUGCCCUCAAUACGAUCACUAAAGAUUUUCGGCCAAAAUAUCAAAAUGCUUCAUUCUAUGUGGCUUCACCGGCAGUUAAAAAUCCUAUUACCGGCAUCAAAGGUGAUCCGUUGUUGGGGGGAGACAGUUAUCCCAAGAUUCCCGGUAUGUCGGAUAGUAAAAUGCUUUUUCCGAAAGAUAACAUUGGCGGUUUUUCGGUGAAGCUGCUGGAGUUGAUCGUCAGAACAAAAAAGACUCUAUCCGCCAAACAGAUGAAGUUGUUGCGCCUGCAGAAUAUGAAUUCCGAAGCGGAGAUUUACAAAUCUUACGCCGAUCCAUUUCCGGAAGAAUUUCAAAAGCGCUACGCUUCGCUGGUGGUGGCCAUGGAAAAGCUCAACCGGGAUAUACACGAGCAGUUAAGUCAGCUACAUGUGAGUUGUAAAAGUUUAACGCAGGAUCCGGGUGUUAUUGCGAUGAUCUCUCCCAGUCACUUGAGGGAGCAAUGUCGAGAACAGGCAGAAGAAACCUUCGACAAGAACAACAAUGGUCAAUUGACCAACGAUGGAAUGAUCAAGCUGAUCAAGGAUCUCACCACAAUCAUGUACGUGGCGUCCAAUCUCGGUACCAACGAGGGCCAAACCGAACACUGUCUGGAAGUACUGAAGGGUUGCUUGGAGGAAACGAAAGGUCGGCUGGACUUCGACAACAUGGCUUCAUUCCAGAGAGGGGUUCAUCAGCACAUACGCCAUAUUCAGGCUGGUUUCGCGGCAGCUCAUCGACACAAAGCUGAAGAAAAGGCUCAGAAGGAAUCGCUCAACCAGAUAGAUAAGUAGUUAGGGACGUUUGGCGGGAUGUGUGCAUUUUUUUCUCCUAUUGUAUUAAUAAAACUUGAGAACCUGAACGCAGAUUUUCGU